AUGUCUUCUGAUGCUAAAGGUGCUGUCAGGUAUCUUAUUGAUCUUCGUGUAAUAGAUCCAUUGAUGCUUGUUGCACACACGGUGGGUGCGGAUGGAACGUUGCAAAACCUAUUUUGGAGCGACGGUGAGAGUCAAAAGAAUUAUGAACUGUUUGGUGAUGUGCUUGCUUUUGAUGCUACCUACAAGAAAAAUAAGUACAGGUGCCCAUUUGUUGUUUUUUCUGGUGUUAAUCACCAUAACCAGACGAUUAUAUUUGCUACUGCCAUAGUUUCAAAUGAGGUUGAAGGGACAUAUGUAUGGUUGCUGGAGCAGUUUUUGGUUGCAAUGAAAGGUAAGACACCUUUAUCUGUAAUAACGGACGGUGAUGUUGCUAUGAGAAAUGCAAUCAGGAAAGUCUUUCCCAACAGUUACCACAGGUUAUGUGCAUGGCAUCUCCUACGAAAUGCAAUUUCCAACAUUAGCAAUCCCAAUUUCAUCCCUGUUUUCAAAAAAUUAAUGCUUGGUGAUCACGAUGUUUGGAAAUUUGAGAGUCUGUGGAAUGAAAUGUUAGAUAGGUUUGGGUUAGAAGAUAAUAAUUGGAUCAAUGAAUUGUACCAGAAAAGGAAGAUGUGGGCAACAGCUCAUAUUAGGGGAAAUUUCUUUGCAGGAAUAAGAACGACAUCGCGGUGCGAAGCAUUUCAUAGUCAUAUGGGACAGUUUGUACACUCGAGGAUGAAUAUGACUGAUUUUGUUAAGCAGUUCCAUAGGUGUGUGGCAUAUUUUCGAUUUAGAGAGGUUCAAGCUGAUUUUGAAUCCCAAUAUGGACAGGCAGUGUUGCAUACCAAUCUUAGGGCGCUUGAGAGGUCAGCAUCAAAGCACUGGACAAAAGAGAUAUUUGAAAUGGUACGAUCUGUUAUGAAAAAGGUAACCUUAACAUCUGUAUUAGAUAUUCAAGAUAUGGCAUCAGUUACCAUUUAUGCGGUGACAAAAUACAGAGACGAAGGGCAUGGAUGGCGUGUUUCCCACUGUCCAUCGAAUAACGAUUUCAGAUGCUCGUGUCUUAGAAUGGAAUCCAUUGGGAUUCCUUGUGAGCACAUUGUUGCUGUGAUGGUUUAUCUUAAUAUUGUAGAAUUUCCUGAGAAUCUUGUGCUGAAUCGUUGGUCAUUAUAUGCGAAGGAGUCUAUUAGUGGAAGUUAUGAAGAUGGUUCCCACUACUGGGAUUCACAUUUGGUUGCUAGACACGCUACUUUGGUGAAUCUUAGUAAGGAGGUCGCUGACUUGUCAUAUAUGGAUGUUGAUGAUUACAAAAAAUAUUUAGAAUAUCUGACUAAUGAACUUUGUAGGCUUAAAUCGAAGUACAACAAUGAAGAUGUUCCAGAUAACAUACAUGUUGAAGAGGAGUUGGUGAAUAUACUUAACCCUUCAUGUUCAAGAAGCAAGGGUUGUGGACCAGGUACUGUUGGUACAUCAGAGAGACCCAGGCGGACACAGACGUGUGGGAUAUGCGGUGCAGCUGGUCACAACAGAAGAUGCUGCCCUACUCUUGGAGCAGAUGGAGAGCCUCCUGCAGAUAGUUCUUUACAAUCAGCAUCUGUAAGGUUAAGUAAUGACUAUGGAUUUUCAGUUUGA